GCCUGCCACCUCUGCCGGGUGCUUGCCAUCGUCAGGAAGCCACGAGCUGCGUGAACUGAUUGAGACCGCUGAGAUGGGCUUUUCCUUUAGGAUUGCAUCAGCCGUUGCUGGAUGUGGUUAGAAGGCUGCUAAACCACAAGGAUGCUGGGAUUUGAAGAGCUAUGGUGACAAGCCACUGAGCAUUGCCAAGGAUGGGAGUGGUGAGCAGCAAAAAGCAGGUCAAGGAGAAGAGUAAGGGCCAAUGGAGCCCUGUGAAGGUCAGCGCCCACAGCAGAGAGCCCCCACCACUGCCACCCCUGGUCCUGUUUAACCAUCUGGCUCCUGCACCUCCCGACACACACCCGGAUCAAGAAGAGCAUUUCGUGGUGGCGCUGUAUGACUACGUGGCAGUGAAUGACCGUGACCUGCAGAUGCUGAAAGGGGAGAAGCUGCAGAUCCUAAAAGAGUCUGGAGACUGGUGGUUGGCCAAGUCUCUCAUCACGGGAAGAGAAGGCUACGUGCCCAGCAACUUUGUGGCCCAAGUAGAGACCCUGGAAGUGGAAAAGUGGUUCUUUAGAUCAAUUAGCCGGAAAGAUGCCGAGAGGCAGCUUCUGGCUCCAAUCAACAAGGUGGGCUCCUUUCUCAUCAGAGAGAGCGAAACCAACAAAGGUGCCUUUUCCCUGUCUGUGAAGGACGUGACCACCCAGGGGGAGGUGAUCAAACACUAUAAGAUACGCUCCCUGGAUGAAGGGGGCUAUUACGUCUCCCCCCGAAUCACCUUCCCCACACUCCAGGCCUUGGUGCAGCACUACUCUAAGAAAGGGGAUGGCUUAUGCCAGAAGCUGACCCAACCCUGUGUGAGCCUGGCUCCCCAGAACCCCUGGGCCCAGGAUGAAUGGGAAAUCCCCCGGCAGUCUCUCAAGCUGGUCCGGAAACUCGGAUCUGGGCAGUUUGGCGAGGUCUGGAUGGGUUAUUACAGAAACAAUGUGAAGGUGGCCAUCAAGACCCUGAAGGAGGGAACCAUGUCUCCGGAGGCCUUCCUGGGCGAGGCCAACCUGAUGAAAACUCUCCAGCAUGAAAGGCUGGUUCGUCUCUAUGCCGUAGUCACCAAGGAGCCCAUCUACAUCGUGACCGAGUACAUGGCCAGAGGAUGCUUGCUGGAUUUCCUGAAGACGGAUGAAGGCAGCAGAUUGUCCCUCCCAAGACUGAUCGACAUGUCGGCCCAGAUUGCCGAAGGAAUGGCGUAUAUUGAGAAAAUGAACUCAAUCCACCGUGACCUCAGGGCGGCCAACAUCCUGGUGUCUGAGACGUUGGGCUGCAAAAUCGGUGACUUUGGCUUGGCCCGGAUCAUCGACAAUGAAUACACCGCCCAAGAGGGGGCCAAGUUCCCCAUCAAGUGGACUGCCCCGGAGGCCAUCCAUUUUGGGGUGUUCACCAUCAAGGCGGACGUGUGGUCAUUUGGCAUCCUCCUGAUGGAAAUCGUCACGUACGGGCGGGUACCCUACCCAGACAGCCCUCCAUGUGCCUGGAGUGUCCAAAUGUGUGUCAGAAUGGAGUCUCGAUGGUGGGGACAGUAA